UCGAUUAUUUUUAACAAGAUUUAACAGCUGUAGAGGAAGGGGUCAGAAGGAGAGCGUGGGGGGGGGGGCGUGUAUAUAAAAAGUGUGAAGAAAAAAAUUGCGGCACAGCACUCAGCGUGAGUCGUCCAGGAUGUACGCUCAUCUGCUGAUCGUUCUCGUCUCCGUGGCAUCGCUUGGAAGGAGCAAUGCCUCCGUCCUGCGAGCUGGUGACCUGGAGAGCCAAGGCUGCGACGUCGGCGUGACCGUUGACUUCGCCUCCGGUCAGGGCCCCCUGGUCACUUGCUCGGCGCAGUGCUAUGCCGAAAAUGAACAGACCUGGUUCGUGGGCUCGACAUUCAGGAAGGUUGCUGGUCUGACUGAGCGAGGACUCAUGGUAGAGAUUAAGUACGAGAAAGAUGCAAUGGUCGACUGCAGACUGGUGUCCUUGCAGCCAGAAUCAGACAUCCUGAAGGCCUUUGAGUCUUGUCAAGUAGGCCAAUCUUCGGACACUGCGCCAACAGGGGACAGUCUGCUGGGAAGCACAACAGUUAUCAUGCUCACUGGAACUAACACUGGAACCUUCGUUCCAACUGGAACCAACACUGGAACUUUUAUUCCAACUGAAACGGAUAUUGCAACUGGAACCAACACAGGAACUUCUGUUCCAACUGAAACCUUCAUUCCAAGUGAAACCAACACAGGAACCUUCAUUCCAACUGGAACCAACGUUCCAACUGGAACCAAUAUUCCAACUGGAACCAACACAGGAACCUUCAUUCCAACUGGAACCAACACAGGAACCUUCAUUCCAACUGGAACCAACACAGGAACCUUCAUUCCAACUGAAACCUUCAUUCCAACUGGAACCAAUAUUCCAACUGGAACCAACACAGGAACCUUCAUUCCAACUGGAACCAACACAGGAACCUUCAUUCCAACUGGAACCAACGUUCCAACUGAAACCAACACAGGAACCUUCAUUCCAACUGGAACCAACGUUCCAACUGGAACCAACACAGGAACCUUCAUUCCAACUGGAACCAACGUUCCAACUGGAACCAACACAGGGACUUUCAUUCCAACUGGAACCAACUUUGAAACUUCUGUUCCAACUGGAACCAUAAUUCCAACUGGAACCAACGUUCCAACUGGAACCAUAAUUCCAACUGGAACCAACGUUCCAACUGGAACCAUAAUUCCAACUGGAACCAACGUUCCAACUGGAACCAUAAUUCCAACUGGAACCAACGUUCCAACUGGAACCAACACAGCGACCUUCAUUCCAACUGAAACCCAUAUUCCUACUGGAACUAACACUGAAGUUACUUCAAUCGUGACCUCAGUCGCCAUCCCAACCACGACCACCCCAACAGAGAGCAGUUCAGGCCUCGACACGACCCCGACCGCGGCAACUGAAAUCAACCCCCAGACAGCGACCACUGAGGUCGUUGUCGGUGAGACGACGACGCUUCCAGACUGCGGGGACAACAGCGGCAAGGACGGACAUGGUGCGGACCUACAGACAACGCCACCCAAGACGACUACCGUACCGCCAACGACCACCAGACCUCCUACGACCACUACACCUACAACCACCACGACACCUACGACCACCCCAACUACCACGACGACCCUGCCUCCGACUACCACCGCCCUCUCGUGCCCUGAUGGAUGGGCCAUGUAUGACAGGUCGUGCUACCACUUGAGCAGCGAAAGGGGUACGUGGCCGGAGGGGAAGUCGUACUGCGAGAACAGCGGCGGAUCCUUGGUCAAAAUCACGUCGGAGGAGGAAUGGAGCUUCGUCAAGGGUCUGACCUCGGAGGACACCUGGAUCGGCCUCAACGACAAUGCCGAAGAGGGAGUCUUCGUGUGGGACUCUGACAACACCAGGCCGGUCUUCACUAAGUUCUCCAGCGGGGAGCCCAACAACCACAAGCCCUUCCUGUGGAGCGGCGGCGAGGAUUGUGUCGAGCUGAGGGAGAGCAAAGACUUCCUGUGGAAUGAUGACGACUGCGAUAAGGACAAGCUGUACGCCUGCGAACGAAGCCCAUUCGUCAGCAGGGGCUAAGGCACACGCGGCAGAGAGCCACCGCAAAAGGAGAGCGACUUUUGACAACAUCCGUGAGAGAGCAAUAGCAAUAAAUAAAUAUAUGU